GUUAGAAUUCGACCUUAUGCGGACGUAAAAUUCCUACAAGAUAAGGCAACUUUUGUACAUGUUUAUUCCACUUUAAAUCGUCAGUUUAUACGGCAAUGUCGCAUUGGUCAUCUUACAUACUUGUACUCCUUUGUCCGCUGAUUUGGACCUGGAGGGUUGAUGGGGAAUACCUGGAAUCUUUGUCGGGGACAGACGUGAACACAGACAGAAACAUUCUCGGAGACCAGAUCAGCACCCUUAUACAGAAGAUCAAUCAACAGGAGGACAGACUGCAAAGUCUGGAAACAAAGGCCGCAAAACAUGCACACGCCAUGGCAGAGAAAGACAGGAGAAUCGAUCAACUUGAGCAAGAGCUUGCAGCUUUGAAAUUUAAAAUGGCACCAGUCCUUACAUCGUUUGGCAAAACGACAUCAGAGGAAGUCGGUAAAGGGCAGCAGGCUGAGUCAGUCAGUAACGGCACUGUAAAGAACCAACUAGUCAAAGACAAUACCAAUCCACGCAUUGCUGAUUACAACAUCAGAAACAAAGACAAACCUACAGGAAACCAAAGGGUUCAAGUUGACGACUAUCGUAAACACUUUGACAGUUUCGGCAGAAAGCUCGCUUUUGAGACAGAAAGCUCGGAUGCCAAUUAUGAAAGUGCGUUUAGGAACGCAGAAUCACUGGAAUAUCCAGGACCUGUUGGAGUCGGAAAAAUCCAGGCGACAAAACAGCAAGAAAAACGAGUUGACAACACACCGCCUAGUGGCGUGGCCUUCAGCGUGUCUUUGAGUGCUAGUACCGACGUGGUUCAACAAAGUACCAUCAAAUAUAACGACGUCAUGAUUGACGUCGGAAAUGGCUACAACCAUGGUAACGGUAUCUAUGUGGUCCCAGUAAGCGGCGUGUAUGCCUUUACCUGGUCUACAACGAGUGCUGUAAAUAAUGGUAGAGCCAUAUGUACAUAUUUGAUGAUCAACGGCGUUGUUACAUCGGGUACAUGUGCCGACAGCGAUGCUUCUGACUGGGAAUCGGCCACUGGUGUCAUUGUGACGUCAGUAAGUGCUGGUGAUCACGUGUACGUGUUGUCACGCUCUAUAGGACAGAUCAUUAGUGACGGGAGUGCUAAGUCCACCUUUGCUGGGUGGCUUUUGUUUUAAAAAUGACGCGAUGUUGUUGUGAUUCGCUCUCAAUAAAGUAUUUGAUUAUUGAUUGACUAUCGACA